AUACGUGUACCACUAUUCGAUUGCUCCGGCACUGUUAUUCUAUAUAAUCUUAAACCUUCUGCAGAACGAACAGUUAUUUUGCGAUAUGACUUUAAACCACAACAAUGAUUACUUCAACCACAAUGACGACAAAUUUAUUGACGGAUCAGAUAGUUUUACCUCCAACAAUUACCUAAAGGGACUUGACGACUUACGAAGAUCAGAACAACUCAGUGACAUUACAAUAUGUUGUGAAAACGACAACUUUCCUGCUCAUAAAGUAGUUUUAGCAGCAAAUUGUCCGUAUCUUCGGGCAAUGUUUACUAAUGGGAUGAAGGAGAGUAAAAGUAAAGAAAUACAUUUGAAAGGAAUUUCAAGUGCUACUUGGGCGAGUGUCAUGAAUUACAUGUACACGCGGGAGAUCGUCGUGACAAAAUCCAAUGUUUUGGAUUUAGUCGGAGCUUCAUCGAUGCUUCAGAUCGAGGAUUUAAAGCAAACUUGUUCAAAGUUUUUAGCUCAACAGAUUGACUAUAGCAAUGUUAUCAAUAUCAGAAGUUUUGCCCAAAAACUGUUCUUGGAAGAGCUAAGAGAAACUGCGACCAACUUUUUGACUGAUAAUUUUGAGAAAAUAAUUGAUGGCGAUGAAUUUCUGGAUAUGGAACUAUUCGAUUUAAUCGAUAUUCUAAAGUUUGACUUCCUGCGAGUAAGGUCAGAACAUGUGCCACUUUACGCCGCCCUAAAGUGGCUACAACACGACUUGAAGAAUAGAAGCGAACACAGCAACGAAAUUCUAAAAAACAUCAGACUCCUUCAUUUCACCAACACUUCAUAUAUACAGAGACUGGUCGACAAAUUACCCCAACUAUUAGAAUCACCUGAAGAUUGUGAGAAAUUUCUAUCCAAUCUCGGCAAACGAUGUUCCAAGCGGAGAUUGCUCGGUUCGUUGACGGAAGAUACCCUUUCUUUUCCCAGAUGGUUUCCCCAAGAAACAAUUUACGUAGUCGGAGGUCGUAACAGAGACUCCUGUCUCUCUUCGUUGGAAAGUUACGAUCCUAACUCAAAUUCUUGGAACAUGCUGGAAGGAAUGAAGUCACAGAGAACUGCGGUGGCCAUGGCUUCAAUCAACAAUCACAUCUACUGUCUUGGAGGGGAGCGAGAGAAUCCGGCCAGCAGGUCAGAAACACUCUACCUGGACGAGGUGGAACGGUACAGUCCUCAGUUCAACAGAUGGACUAACGUCAGCAAACUUCUUACACCUCGAUCUUUUGGAGCAUCAGCAAUAUGCAGAGGAGUAAUGUAUGCGAUAGGUGGAGAGAACAACCAACGUUGUCACAACAGUACUGAAAUCUAUGACGAGACAAAGAACAUGUGGAUACCCUCCACACCAAUGAACAUGGUUCGAAGUGGGGUUUGUGCCACAACAGUGGACAAUCGGAUCUACGUGAUCGGAGGACACGACAACUACAACAACUACAUGCAGCACAACUCAGUGGAGGCGUUAGACCCUCGGGAGGGAAAGUGGCAAUACUGCAUGAGUCUGAACAUAGGUAGAUCGGGAGCCUCCGCCGGUAACAUUGACGGCAAGAUUUAUUUGGCUGGUGGGAGGAACAGACAGCUGGGCAACUUCUUUGGGCUGUGCGAGUGUUACGAGCCCAGAGUGGACAGAUGGUACCCUGUAGCCAGCAUGGGCACCGUCAGAGCCUGGCCCGGAUCGGCCGUUCUCGACAACAAAUUUUAUGUGCUCGGUGGAUACGAUUGCACGGACAGACUGAGGACAGUGGAACUGUUCGAUCCAAAAGAGAACAAAUGGCAGAGAUGUGGCAACAUGGUACUUUGCAGGGCAGGUGCCUCGUCUUGCACCAUUUAGGGUUUCUUAUACAGUAAUUAUACGGAUUGUCUUACACAAAUUAUUUUACAGUAUAGAUAUAAUCAUCAUUAUUCUUGAUCUUAUUAGAUAAGAAUCUAAUAAAAUAUUUCAUUAAGCAUUUCAUCAUUUCAUAUAAGCUUUUUAUACGCAGUUUUAUCAGAUUUUUUACAGAUAUGUAGGAUUUUAUUAUUAUGGCUAACAAUAACAUGGCUUGGAAUAACAGCUAUUUUUUAAAGAUUGUCUUAUUUUCUUUUUAGUUAUCAAAUUAUUCU